AUGGAGCUCUUCCGGGAGGAGCGGGUGGCGGUGGAGCUGAACGCAGACAUAAGUUACGCAUGUACCCUGAAUGGAAAAUUGUACUUUGGGACUACCGAUGGCAGAGUAUUAAAAUGGCGUAUCGAGAAGAACCCAAAAUGGGAACCAGGUGAAGGAGGGAAUAUUCCUAACAUGCAGGUCCAGUUGGAGGAAAACUAUUGUGUGAAGAAGAAUCAGAAGGUAGAGAAGAUUAUCCUGGUAGAAAAAGAAUCCAUAAUGAUAAUCCAAAUAAAUGAUGGAAUUUAUUAUGCCAAGGAUUUUCAAGUGGAAAGUCUAACUCUUCUUUGUAAGGACGCGAACAUAUGCACAGUGAAUGAGAAGAAUAAAAGUGAUUUAUUGGUGUAUAGCAUGAAAAAAAAAAAAAUAAUUUUUUUCCAUUUGGAUAAUGGAAAAUAUAAAUCUGUCAAAGAACAAUCGUUCAAUGAAUUCAUAACAUCCUUCCUGUGGGUGAGUGACUCCCUUUUCCUAACAGUCCAAAAGAGCUACUACCUUUUACGAUUAAAAAAAAAUGAAAAAAUUACUCUCUAUAGCCAUGAGUAUGAACAGACAUAUAAAUACAUAACCCUAAUUAACGUGAAUGAAAUAUUUAUCGUAUGUGAUAUGAACGUUGGAGUUUUCUACGAUGUUGACACAACCAUGCCAUCUAGGAAAAACACAAUUACCUUGGUGGAUAAUGUAAGAAAACUUAUCUCCUUUCGUUUCUUUCUGUGCUCUCUGAACUCCAAAGGGGUAAUCAAUUUUUACAAUGUAAAUAAUCAACAGCAUGUCCAAACGAUCUGCAUGGAUGAAUACGUAGAUGCCAUUGUGAAUUAUGGUGAUGUAUGCAGUUCAAUCAUAUGUUCCAUGGUGCUUCUGGAUCAGGAGGGGCAUGACGGGGAGGGGGGUUACCUCGAGGGAGACUACUCCCCAGGAGAACACCCCAAUGAUCGCGCUCGCUAUGAGUUGGACUUGGAUGCAACACUCACAAACGUACACCAACGGAAUCAUCAUAAUCACCAACAUGAUGGUCCCCUUUGUAAUUCCUCCCCAGUGGAUUCAACAAAAUUUACGAACCAAAGAGGCAACCCGAGCGCAGAAAACAACUACAUCUACUUCUUCAAUAAGAGCUCCAUCCAGGUGGUCAGGUGUCAGGAGUUAUUUGAAUAUCUUCCUAAGUGUAUCCAACAGAACAGAAUAGACAAAGGAUUCCAACUCAUAGACAACUACCUUUUCGAUAAUGAUGUGGAAAGAAUCAACACUCUCAAUGAAUACACUAAAGCAUGUGCAUAUUAUCUCUUCUCCAAAGCCAACUUUGCGCUAGCGUUUGUGCACUUUCAACGGGUCGACGUGAAUUUUCUUUUCCUGUUAUCCUUUUGGGAAAUGUAUCUCUCCAACAGAGGUGAUGCAGAACACGAUAACGUGGAAUGUUCUACUCCAAAAAAUGAACCACAGGAGGUGAUCAGUAAACCUUUCAAAUUUUGCGUACCCCACCUAUGUAGUGUGGAAGAAAUAAUUGACAGAACUUUAUCCUCACAGAGGAAUAAUGAUGAGGGGAAGAUGGAAAGUUUCUCAGAAAGAAUUAUGAGGGAGUCAGCGGAGGAAAAGGAAGAAGAGAAAAAAAAACUUUUAAAAAUAGCGAACAAUUGUUUAGUUAAAUACUUGGUGAUGAAAAGAAAGGAAUUUGUUCUGGAGGAGGGCGGAAUGAUGGGUAUGUACGAAGAGGAGCACACUGUUACAGAGAUGAAUGCACAAGCGCAAGGGUGUGACAUGGAAAUGCAAUCAAGCGAUGGUGCAACAACCCAGAUUGGGAAAAGGAAAAACCUACUCCGAUGUAUAGACAAUUUACUAAUCAAACUGAUGGUAAUUAAUGAAUGGCCUGGAUUCUCCGACUUCCUCAUGAAUACGCAAAACUUGCACAUAGACAUGGAUGAGUGCAUUCGAUUUUUAAAGAAACAUUCAAAGUUCGUGGAGACAGCGCUGAUGUACAUACGCAUGAAGCGCUUUGAGGAGGCCAUCCAUAUGUGUGCCACGUUUCUAUGCGUCUACAAUAGAUGGCUCCACGCGGGGGAAGACCAACAAACGGGUGACCACCCAUUGUACACGCAUAGAAACACCGACCAACUGGAUGAGGAAUGGACAAGCUUUUUCCAGAAACAGAAAUUUACAAAAAAUGUAAUUAAAGGAACAGCCUUGCAUUCACUGUUAAAAGAAAUGUACAACAUCCUUAUUGUAUUGAACGAUAGUAUACAUAUGAUGGAUGUAGAGAAAUGUGAAAUUAAAGAAUUGUUUGAAAAUGCCUUCCCUUUUCUUAUAAGAUUUAACGAAAGCGCAUUUUUUCACUUUAUUGCUUCCAGAAACUUUCUUUUAAAACCAGAAGAGAUUCUUAACAUGUUCAAAAAAAUGGAAAGGGAUAAAUUAAAUAUGAAAGAGAAAAAAUACAUGCAAAAAUAUAUUACUACUUUUUUAAAAUAUGAUAAAAUGAAUAAAGAGGUAAAUACUGGUUUAGUUGAAUUUUACCUGAACGAUGUGGAAAUGCCUGAACAAGUCAGGCAAAAAAAGAUUUUACGAUUUUUACGAUCUAGCUAUCCUUUGGAUGUCACCCACUUGGCUCGGGUGGUACCUGAGGGGCAGUUCCCACUUGUGCAGGCGCUGCUCUUUGGUCGGAUGGAUCUCCACUACGAUAGCUUAGUCAUCCUAACCCAAGAGAACCUGUGCAUAUGCGAGAAGUACUGUCUCUACCACAGCCUCCUCUUCAAGGACGCCGCUAAGAGGAUGAGCAAGGAGGAUCACGACAAGCUUUUUGCAAGUUUAUACCAUAAUGAGAAGGAGGUCUACCAAGGUUUAUAUGGUCAAAUGAGGAAGAUAGCAGAGGAGCAGGAGGGAUAUAAUGACAGGUACCAGAAGAAUAAGCAGACCCGCAUAAACAGAGGCAGCCAGGAUAAAACAACAAAGAAGAAAAAACUAAAUGACCCAUUCAUCAGUGAUAUGAUGAGGAACUAUCACAAGCAGGUCUACUUGGGCAUGGAAAAGGGAGUACUAGCCAAACUGGAGAACCAAAGGAGAGGAGGAAAACACAGGAACAACCAAUUCGAUAGCGAGAAGGAUGAAGGGACAUCCAGCGAAAAAGGCGAAUAUGUCUUUAUGUUGAAUUUGAUGGAGAGAGAAAGGGAAGAUUCAAGUGAUGAUCAUGUAAGUGAAGUUUAUUACGAUGAUGGGGAUGAUAACUUUGUGAAAGAUAUUGACAGUAACCACAAUUUGUCGUCCAAUUCAUGGACCGACGUGAGCACUGGCUCUGGUAUGAGCACCGACUCAGAAGGGAGAACCUCCUCUGAUGGGAAAAUUUCCUCUAGUGUUGAUGAUGAUGUGAUGCGAAAAAAACAGAAAGGGAAGAAGCCCUCUGGUGGAAGUUCGGAUUGGAAUAGGAAAAACAGAGGGGGUGCUCCAAGUAGGAGGUCCUCCAAAAAAAAGGGGAAAAACACCAACAAAAGGAGCAAAAUGAGGAAAGAAGACGAAGCAAAAAAAAAAGAGGAACCAUUCGGCAGUAGGAAGCAUAGGAAUUUCGAUGUAGACAUGUUGGACUACUUCGACGUGUACCGAAGCGGAAAGAAUAAAUCCUGUGGUUUUUUCUUCCUCCUUGUGAAGGUAUGCCUGGACAAAUAUAAUGACCCAAACCUUGAUGAGCAAAACAAGAAAACCUACAAGGAAUACGUAAUCCAUAUACUCAACAAAUAUGCUUAUCAUGGCGACUUUGAAAACGCAUAUAUUCUUGAAAUUAUUCCAAGGGAUUGGUCCCUGUCGGAGGUGCUUCACUUUCUCAGCUUAAAGUUAAAGAAGAAGACCAACCGGUACAUGGACCUUCACCACUACCACAAUUUAAUCAAGGCGAACUACUUGAGUGCGUCGUACGAGCUCAUUGAGGAGAAGGAACAGCGACUCCUCGUCAAGGAUAAACUAAUCUGCCAGGUGUGCAAAGGCCCCAUAGCGGAGAAACGUUUCGCUUACUUUUCAGCCAAAGUGGUUACCCACAUGCAGUGUUUGGAGAAGUACGAGGAGGAAGUUUAUCGAUGA